GGAAUAUGCCAGUUGGGGGAAUAUGCCACUCGUUAUGUUUAACUUAACAGAUACCGAUUAGUAGCGCUUGCGUCAGUGCUACAAAAUUGUGUAUAAUUGUGUGCUUAAAAUAUUGCAUAAGUAGCAACAAUUUCCUGACAACAGUAUUGUUUUUAUGAGACAAGAAUGCCUCGAAUGUAUACGAGGAAGACUAAUCGGGCUACCUGGAGUCAGGAUUCAUUAACAGAAGCUAUUGAUCAGAUUUCUCAAAAUAAAAUGAAUAUAUGGAAUGCUUCAAAAUAUUAUGAUAUACCUUAUCGGACUCUUAAAAGGCGGAUCAACGAAAAUAAUUUCAAUAAAGGAGCUCUAGGUCGACCGGCUUUUCUUGGUGAUCAUGAGUCAAAACUCAUAACUUAUAUACAGAAGAUGGAAAAUACAGGGUUUCCACUGACUGCAAAUGCUAUCCGCAAAUUAGCUUUUACGUUUGCAUUAAAGAAUAACCUUCUUAAUAAAUUCAGUCAGAAUACAGAAAUAGUUGGAUAUGACUGGUUUUGUAGUUUUAUGAAACGACAUCCUAAAUUAUCAAUAAAAAAAGCCGAAGGAAUUUCUGUUGCUCGUGGAUUAGGUAUGUGCCGAGAAGAAGUUGACAAUUAUUUCCAACUUUUAUUGAAAAUAUGUGAGGAGAAUAAUCUCUUUGAUCAACCGUUCAAAGUUUAUAAUGUCGACGAAAUCGGUCUGCAAUUAAAUAACAAUGUGAGCAAAGUUGUUACAACCAAAGGGUCACAAACAGUACAUCAUGUAACUUCAGCAGAAGAGGGGGAAACUAUCAAUGUUAUUGCCUGCUGUAAUGCCGAAGGGAACUUUUUACCUCCUUAUUGUAUAUUCAAAGGCCAAAGGAAAAGACCUGAAUUCGAAGAUGGACUUCCUCCUGGAUCUCAUGUUGAAAUGGGAGAGACAAGCGCCUAUGUAAAUUGUCAAUUGUUUCUCGCUUGGCUUAAGGAUCAUUUCAUUCCACGUAAACAAAAUGGGAAAGUGUUGUUAAUAUUAGAUGGUCAUACCUCGCAUUGCUCAGACAUCAAUGUACUUGACUUUGCAGCUAAAAAUGAUAUAAUUUUACUUUGCCUUCCAAGUCAUACUACCCAUUAUUUACAACCAUUAGACAGGUCAUUUUUUAAACCUCUCAAAACAUAUUGGCAAAGAGUCGUUACUAAUUGGAUUAUUAGUCAUCCUGGACAAAGGCUAACUAGAUACCAAUUUGGAGAUUUGUUAUGUAAUGCUUGGAACCUUGCAACAACAGUAAGCAACGGUACAUCGGGUUUCAAAGCUUGUGGAAUAUUUCCAUACAAUCCUGCACAAAUACCAGAGCAUGCAUUCAGAAUAUCUAAUACUUCGGAAGAACUGAAAGAUACCUCUACUGAGCCAAAAAGUAAAGUUUUGAAUACAUUAUCGAACAACGAAGAAUCAACCGAUAUCAGCCAAGUAACUUUAUUUCUUGUUCAAUCCGUAUAUGAUCAUAAUGAAAAUGUUGAUGAACCAUCGACAUCGGUCAGUUGCCCUUUGACCAGGUCACAAGAAUACAGAAAAAGUCUGAGAAAAUAAAUUAAGGAAUAAGGAUAAAAAGAAUUAUUUCAGAAAUUAGACGUUAUUAAGAAAGAAAAGAAAGUAAAGGUCAAUAAGAAAAAGAAAGUGUGACGUCAUUAAGAAAGAGAAGAAAGUAAAAAAGAAGAAUACCCAUGAUUCAAGUGGUUUGGAAAAAGUAGAAAAGAAAGUCAAUACUACUGACGAGGACAAUAAUUACUGCGCUGGAUGCAACGUAUAUUACUAUUUUAAAAAUGGCCCAAAAUGUGAUUGGAUAUCUAAUUGUUGCAGUAAAUGGAUUCACGAGGACUGUUCGUCGAAAGAUACAUUCUGUUAAAAACGUUAUACCUCAAAGUUUAGUUUACAUGUUAUGUUUAUAAC